CGAUAUUUUCAUUCGUUAAAAUUGACCUGGUUUCGUCGUCAUGGCAGACUGUAAAUGAUCACGGACUAGUCAAUAAGUCGAAAAUGUACUCAGUAGCAGUUUUGGACAGAUACAAAUGUUUUAAAGAGUGAACAAAUCUUCUCAGUCGUCGGAAAGGGAGGACAGAAAUGGACAUACCAAAGGACCUGUCAGCAGAGAAUGUCAGCUUCCCAAAGGAGAAGAACAUUCUCAAUGACAUAGCCCAGGAGACAAAGGAUGCCCCUGGCUAUGGGUCCCUUUCAGAGGAUGAGCUUAUGGAGAAAGUGGAGGGUAUCCUGAUGGAGAAGAUCAAGGAAGGGGAGAAGCGAGCUUACUUCCAGCUUGGAUUGUUCUACUAUGAGCAAGGUGUAAUGGAGAAGGCCAUCAUCUACUUUGAGCGCUCCAAAGAAUUUGACUACCAGUCUUUGUACAUGCUCAGCAUCAUGUUGUAUGAUGGGAUUGGCUGCAAGUCAGACACUGUUAGAAAGACUGAAGCCAGGAAGAAAACUGCUGUAAGCUACAUUCGCAAGAUAGCCCACUCUGAAGACAAGCGUUCCAAGCACUUGGUCAAUGCAGCUCAAUUCAACCUGGGCCGGGCAUACUUCCAGGGAUAUGGAGUUGACAGGCAAUCAGAUACUGAAGCUGAGAAGUUCUGGUUGCUGGCAGCAGAUGAUGGCAAUCCCAAGGCCAGUGUAAAGGCCCAGUCCACAUUGGGCAUGUUCUACUCACGUGAGGAGAGCCUGGACCUUAAACAGGCCUUCUUCUGGCACUCUGAGGCCUGCGGAAAUGGAUCCUUGGAGUCGCAAGGGGCCCUAGGUGUCAUGUACGAGUAUGGCGUUGGUGCACGUAGGGACACCGACUCUGCCUACGUAUGUCUCAAGGGUGCUGCAGACCGGGGCAAUGUGUACGCCAUGGGCAACCUCGUGGCUCACUACUACCGGCGUAAGCUCUACACCAAGGCUGCAGAUCUGGCGUCCAGGGUGUCUGGCCUUUCGGAUAUUGAUCUGAUUGCCCAGCAGACUGACUGCCUGCAUUCGUACAUACGGAAGGGUAUCGCACUGUCAUGUUUCUACUAUGCAAGGUGCCUUCACGAGGGACUCGGGACAAAGAAGGAUGAGGGCGAGGCCAAGAAAUACUACUCUAGGUGUUACCACUUUGACCCGGAAGUAUGCGCCAGUCUCCAGACUAAGACUCAGCACGGGCUCAUGUAGGAAGACAAAUGUCAGGGGUAUGGGGCAACUCAAUCGCUUCGUAUUUGUCUAUAUUUAUUUUUAUGAAAAGAACAAACUAACUUGUUGUGUAAAGCUGCCAAUAAAUACAGGCAUCUCUGCUGAUUUUAUUCCAUGAUUUUGUUAUUGGUUUUUAUACGCCCGUCUAUGACGGGACGUAUUAUGGUAUACCCCGCGUCCGUCUGUCCGUCCGUCCGUCUGUCCGUCCGUAUGUCUGUUAAUGUCGUACGCUACGUCAAAUAUCCUUUGACAGAUUUUCUUCAAAUUUUAACACAAUCUUAAUAUUGAUAAACCCUGAUCCCCUUUCGUUUUUGACGGAAUUCUGAAUUGUCGUUCCAGAGUUAUGGGACUUUGUUCGUCAAAAUUUCGUGAUUUCAUUGAAUGUCCUACUGUAGCUAUAUAAAAAUGUUAAAGUUGUUAUAACUUUGGUAUGCUUGGACCUAGAGUCUUGAAACUUGACAUGAAGGUUGGCCAGAACUAGUAAGUAACCACUGGACAUUUCAAGGUCAUUCAUUUGAAGGUCAAGGUCACUGUGACCUUGAAUGUAAAAAUGUUAAAGUUGUUAUAACUUUGGUAUGCUUGGACCUAGAGUCUUGAAACUUGACAUGAAGGUUGGCCAGAACUAGUAAGUAACCCCUGGACAUUUCAAGGUCAUUCAUUUGAAGGUCAAGGUCACUGUGACCUUGAAUGUAAAAAUGUUAAAGUUCUUAUUUCAUGUUAUAACUUUGGUAUGCUUGUACCUAGAGUCUUCAAACUUGAAAUAAAGAUUGGCCAGUACUAGAAGAUGACCACUGGUCAUUUCAAUGUCAUUCAUUUGAAGGUCAAGGUCACUGUGACCUUAAAUGUUAAAAUGUUAAAAUUGUUAUAACUUUGGUAUGCUUGGACAUAGAGUCUUCAAACUUGACAUGAAGGUUUGCAAGCACACUUAGAUGACCACUGGUCAUUAUAAGGUCAUUCAUUCUAAGGUCAAGGUCACACAAGGUCACUGUGACCUUAAAUGUUAAAAUGUUAAAAUUGUUAUAACUUUGGUAUGCUUGGACAUAGAGUCUUCAAACUUGACAUGAAGGUUUGCAAGCACACUUAGAUGACCACUGGUCAUUUCAAGGUCAUUCAUUCUAAGGUCAAGGUCACUGUGACCUUAAAUGUUAUUGUUGUUCAUGUAUCCUACCGUAGCUCAAAUAUCCCCCGAUGGAUUUUUUAUACGCCCGUCUAUGACGGGACGUAUUAUGGUAUACCCCGCGUCCGUCUGUCCGUCCGUCCGUCCGUCCGUCCGUCUGUUAAUGUCGUACACUACGUCAAAUAUCCUUUGACAGAUUUUCUUCAAAUUUUAACACAAUCUUAAUAUUGAUAAACCCUGAUCCCCUUUCGUUUUUGACGGAAUUCUGAAUUGUCGUUCCAGAGUUAUGGGACUUUGUUCGUCAAAAUUUCGUGAUUUCAUUGAAUGUCCUACUGUAGCUCAAAUAUCCUUCGAUGGAUUUUUUUCAAAUUUCAACGCCCGUCUAUGACGGGACGUAUUAUGGUAUACCCCGCGUCCGUCUGUCCGUCCGUCCGUCCGUCCGUCCGUCUGUUAAUGUCGUACACUACGUCAAAUAUCCUUUGACAGAUUUUCUUCAAAUUUUAACACAAUCUUAAUAUUGAUAAACCCUGAUCCCCUUUCGUUUUUGACGGAAUUCUGAAUUGUCGUUCCAGAGUUAUGGGACUUUGUUCGUCAAAAUUUCGUGAUUUCAUUGAAUGUCCUACUGUAGCUCAAAUAUCCUUCGAUGGAUUUUUUUCAAAUUUCAACACAAUCUUAAUAUUGAUAAACCCUGAUCCCCUUUCGUUUUUGACGGAAUUCUGAAUUGUCGUUCCAGAGUUAUGGGACUUUGUUCGUCAAAAUUUCGUGAUUUCCAUGCUCAUGUACUUAUAAAAUAAACCAUGUAUUCAAAUACAAAUAAACUGAAGUAAAAAAAUUA